AUGAAGGGUUCCAGUCAGAGCGGUUCAUGCUCGGAAGCCUCCUGCAGUUCCUUGGGGCAUAAAACCGGGUCCCAUUGCUUGACCACCCGAGCUUCCAUUUCGACCAUCACCACCGACGACUCCACCCCUGCUUCAGUUCUGGAUAAAAACACCAACCAAAGCACACCAGGCCACAGCACACGGGAAAUGCCAUUCAGAACAAUGGAAGGGACCUUGCUGAGAGGUGGCAGAGGAAUACCUAUCGCCGGUACUACUUUUCUCAAUCCAGAAGCUGCUGGGCUAAUGGGCUUAUAUGGAGUAGGUGGGAAGAACUAUGUGCCACACCUCAUGAUGCCCCUCCCAGGAGGGGCGGGGCUGUACGAGAGAGGGUGGAGCUUGGGAAAGGGGAAGGUUGGACAGGCGAACUCGGAAAAGACAGGUGCAGAUUCUCUAACAAACAGAAUGGGAGACUUUCUGCAACACCGCCUAGCCCUGGUGACCUUUGACCCCAUGCAACCGCCAUACGACUCGCUGCAGACGUAUGGGCUGGAGGGGAGCGGGUCGCAGGCGACGUCUCUAAGCUCGCUCGAAAGCGAGGCAGAGAAAGACACAGAGAAAGAUGGGUUAGAGGAAUGGGGACCUAAGUUUCAAAGGUUGCUUGAUAUUUUUAGGGAACGAGAGAAAGAAAAAGAUGAUAAAGGAAAACAAGAGGAUGAGCAUUUAAAGGAAGAACACCAGUUCGAAAAAUCAAAAGAGGAAAACGUAGUGGAAGAGAUGGAGGCUGAGAGUGAGACAAAAGAGGACAAAUCCAGUGAAUCAAAUGAGACUGGGCAGGAAGAGGAGGAAAACACAGAGGAAAUGGAAAUAGGACCAGAGAGAAAGAGCAAAUGAUGUGAUGUCACGUUGUGACUAUUCAAAAGCAAUAACUGUGGAAAGGAGCCAAUGAGCACAAUCCAGACAAAGAGAAUUUUACACGGACCUGACAAAAAUGUGUAUAAUCUGUGUUUUACAGAACCAAACAGUGUUAUGGAAGCCCCUUCCUCAG